UUUUAGUGUUUUACACAUUGGGUCCUCCUCUAAGGCUCUGGGCUGUAGAUCAUCUUGACCACUGCUCCUUACCCAGGAAUCACUUUGAAGGGUUUUUUGGGGUCCUUUACUUUUUAAACAAACAAAAUGGCACCAAAGAAGGACGUUAAGAAAGCUGCACCAGCAUCAGCACCAGCAUCAGCACCAGCACCGGCACCAGCUCCUGCCCCAGCGCCUGCCCCAGAACCAACUAAACCCAAAGAACCAGUAAUUGAUCUGAAGAGUAUCAAGAUCGAGUUCUCCAGGGAGCAGCAGGAUGACUACAAGGAUGCUUUCCUCCUCUUUGACAGGACAGGUGAAGGCAAGAUCGUCUUAAGCCAGGUUGGUGACAUCAUCCGUGCUCUGGGACAGAACCCUACAAAUGGUGAGAUCAAGAAGAUCCUGGGCAACCCCAGCAAGGAAGAGAUGAAUGCCAAGAAAAUUACAUUUGAAGAAUUCCUGCCCAUGAUGCAGGCAGCUGCCAACAACAAGGAACAGGGUACCUUUGAAGACUUUGUUGAAGGUCUGCGUGUGUUUGACAAGGAGGGCAAUGGUACAGUCAUGGGUGCUGAACUCCGUCAUGUACUGGCUACUCUGGGGGAGAAGAUGACGGAGGAAGAAGUAGAAGAACUGCUAAAAGGACAGGAAGACUCUAAUGGCUGCAUCAACUAUGAGGCAUUUGUAAAACACAUCAUGUCUCUUUAAAUGGAUUUCACAAAAUAUAAUACG